CAGAGGGGAAGCUUCUCUGUGCUGGAUGGAACCUUACGGCAUCGGGGCUGGUCUGCAGAACCCGGGGAACGCCUGCUACAUGAAUGCAGCCCUCCAGUGUCUGACGUACACCCCGCCACUCGCCAAUUAUCUGCUGUCUCAGGAGCACUCCCGCACCUGCCAGCGCCGUUCAGAGCUCUGCACGCUCUGUGCUCUGGAAAGUCACUUCACUUGGGCUCUGCACAGUCCCGGCCACGUGAUCCAGCCCUGUCAGGCAUUGGCUGCUGGCUUUCACAGAAACCGCCAAGAAGAUGCUCACGAGUUUCUGAUGUUCGCGCUUGAUGCCCUCAGGGCAGCAGGCCUGCCUGGCCUCAACUGCCAGCUGGCGCCCUCUGAGGACCAGCCUCUAAGCCAUCAGCUAGCUGGAGGCCACUGGAGGUCUCGAGUCACAUGUCUCCAGUGCCAAGGCACUUCAGACACAUGGGACCCUUACCUGGACAUCGUGCUGGAUAUCCAGGCCGCCAAGAAUGUGCAGGAAGCCUUGCGGCAUUUGGUGAGCCCGGAAGAGCUGGACGGGGACAACGCCUAUGAUUGUGCUGCCUGCCUCAGGAAGACGCCUGCCUCCCGCACACUCACCUUGCACACGUGUGGGGAUGUGCUCGUCUUGGUCUUGAAACGCUUUUCUGACUUCACGCGUGACAAAAUGGCCAAGCCGGUGCACUAUCCUGACCGUUUGGACAUGAGGCCUUACCUGUCUCGGCAGAACGGGGGGCCACUGGAGUACAGGCUCUAUGCUGUCCUUGUGCACGUGGGCUUGCGUCGUGACCGAGGACAUUACCUGUGCUACGUCAAAGCUGGCGACGGCCGCUGGUAUGAGAUGGAUGACGCCAAGGUCACCGCCUGUGGCCUGGCUUCGGCCUUGAAGCAAAGUGCCUACGUGCUCUUUUACGUGCGCAAGGGUGGAUGGGACGGGGCCAAUGGGCAAGUGUCACGGGGCCAGGGAGCGCCCGCCUCUGGGCCUCGAGAGAGACACGACGCCAGGACCCCAGCAGAGCCUGCAAAGCCUUCCGACCCGGAAGCCGAACAAGGCCGGCAGCACUUGGAGCAGAGAAGGCAGGAACUCGGCUUAGAUGAGUGGAAAUCCCUGCAAGAGCAGCAGCGGCCCAAGGGCUCCUUCAACCUCAGGAGAGUGGAGCCUGGCCUGCCGAGCAAGGCAGUCCUCAUUCAUCAGGCAUGA